GUGCUCUCGACUGUUCAAUUCAAGAUGAACGCCGCUACCGCUCUCCGGGCCCGUAUGGCCACUGCCUCCAUUGCCCGCCGUGGCUUUUCCACCACCCGCGCCCAGCUCGGUAGCCCGUACCACUACGCCGAGGGCCCUCGCUCCAACAUCCCCUUCAACCCCCUGACCAAGCACUUCUUCUGGAGAUACUGGGGCUUCAUGACCGUCGGUUUCGGUCUUCCCUUCGGCAUUGCUGUCUGGCAAACCUACAAGACCCGUUAAGGGAUUACUGCGGUCGCGUGUCGGCAUCUUGGACCUUGGGAAUGGCCGAAAAUGUACGCUUAUUUAGGGCGAGGAGGGUUGUGUAUAAAGCUAGAAUUGAUUGAGUUUGGCUUUUCUACCGGUUUCUAUUCCAAGUAAAAUUAAGCCAGAGCUUAGAUACUAUAAGUGAAGGCUCGUAGAGGGAGAGGAAAGCGUCUGGUUAUUGUGCUGGGCUGAUGGAGGCAUAAGGUCC